CCAUUGAAUAUUUUCCUUAAUCAACUUUCAUUCAUUUGAGCUAGUACCAUUUACAAAAAAAAUUCAAAAUGUCUAAAGCGCAUCCACCAGAGUUAAAAAGAUAUUUAGAAAAAAAAGUUUCACUAAAAUUAAAUGGUGGACGAUUGGUCACAGGGAUUCUAAGAGGUUUUGAUCCAUUUAUGAACCUUGUUGUUGAUGAAGGUGUUGAGCAUUGUAAAAACUCAGAGAAGCAUACUAUUGGCAUGGUGGUAAUUCGAGGAAAUAGUGUUACCUUACUUGAAUCAUUGGAGCCUUUAUAAAUAUCUCCUCUUAUAAUAUUUUUUCACAUAUCUUUUGUCUAUAUUAUGUAGUAACUCUUUGAUUCCAUAAAUUGAUAUACAAUUAAAUACUUUAAAUACAUUUUUUUAUAAAAUAAAAUUUAACAAUUUUUUUUU